ACCGUACUGACAUGUACUAAACGCGGCUAGAAAGCGGAUGACGCUCGCGUGCGUUUGACAAAAACAACAACAACAAAAAGGUGACUGAAAAGCCACAGCAACAACAACGAAGUUGCGGGGUUAUUGUUAUUUGUACGUAUAUUUUCCACAAGCGACACCAACAAAAAAAAAAAAAAGAAAAACGGUUUGUGAGAAUCAAAAAGAACGGAGCAAAAGAAAGCCGUCUUAAAAAUAAAAAUCGAAGAGGAGCGAGAAAGCAUUACACCAAAGGCGACGGUUAGAAAAGGACGGAACGAACGGCGAAGACAGACGGAGUUUCAGGCGUCGUUCGAAGCCUGCUCGGGAAUUAGAAGACACCAUGGUGAACCACCACUCAAAUGGAGGCGGGAGUGCCGGAAAUAGUAGCGGAAGUUUAAGAGGAGGCGGUGCCCAUGGAGGCGGCGGAGGUGGAGACUACUCCGGAGAUGAUCGCAGUGGAGGCGGCGAGGAGCGGGAGCGGCUGGAAAGCGACUUGCAUGACAAGCCCACCUACCUGCUGGAACACCUGGCCACCUUCACGGUGAACAAGGAGUCGGGCAUUGUCUACCCGGCGGACGGAAUGCGUCGCCUGUUGCAGCUGGAGAAGACCACAGGUAUUUGGUCGCAGAAGAUGCAGCUCUGCCUGGACUACCAGUGGGUGCUCAUCAUGGACUACGAAACGGGGAACAUCAUCGAAAGAUUCCCCGCUUCAUUGGUCCAGGAACCCACCGCCUUCACCUCCAAUGACGCCAUGGAGCUGUACAACAACAUUCUGGUCUUUAUCGUGUCCGGAGGCGGUGGUUCCCGCUCCGAGAUGCACAUAUUCCAGUCACAAAGCGUGUCCGCCGUUCACCUGGUGGAGGACUUAAAGCAGCUGCGGAGCGGCAAGAUGAUCACGCAGCAGCGCGGUGCCACGCCCACACAGUCGGGAGGCGGAGGCGGCGCCUCCAGCAUGGCCAUGAUGAUGAGCAAGACGUCCUCGUCCUCCUCGCACAGCCGGGUGGAGCUGCACCAGCAGCACAGGGAGCAGCGGGUGGAGCGCGAGCGGGAGCGGGAUCGGGAUCGAGACCGUGAGCGAAACGAGAGCCACCACCACAUGCACCAAAGGAGCAGCAUGGAGCAGUACGGAAUGCGGGCCGGCGUGGGUGUCCCGGGCGAUGUGGAUGUGGCCCACAUCAGCGGGGAGACGGACUCGGAGCACGGCGGGAUUGGAGGCGGUGGAGCAGCGGAGCGCGACGAGACCAGCUCCACGUCCAGCGAAAAGUACGAGCGGGAUGUGGCCGUGCUGAAUCACUGCUUCGACGACAUCGAGAAGUUCAUAGCACGGCUGCAGCACGCGGCUGCCGCUUCCCGGGAACUGGAGCGGCGUCGUCGCAACCGGAAGUCCAAGAAGAGGGAUCCGGGCGAGGGACUGCUCACCCUGCGGACACGGCCGCCGCACGAGAAGGAGUUCGUGGACAUCUUCGCCAAGUUCAAGCUGUCGUUCAACCUGCUGGCCAAGCUGAAGGCGCACAUCCACGACCCCAACGCCCCCGAGCUGGUGCACUUCCUCUUCACGCCGCUGGCCCUGAUUGUGGAGGCCUCCAGCGACACGUACUACGAGUCGCAGCUGCCGGCGCGCGUGGUGAAUCCCCUGCUAACCAGGGAGGCCAUCAACCUGCUCAUCAACUGUGUGACCAGCAAGGAGACGGAGCUGUGGCGCUCCCUGGGCGAUGCCUGGGUUAUACCGCGGGAUCAGUGGAAGGACGAUGUGGGAUCCUACCAUCCCGUUUUCCUCGACGGCUGGUCACCGGACUACUUGAUCAACGAUGAGCUGGAACCGCCACCAAACUCCCCACCCGCUCAUGUGAGCAAGCGGAGGCUCGAGGUCCAGGCGGGAUCUGUACUAAAUGGUCGAGGCGGAGGAGGAGGCGGAGGAUACGACGACUACGACUCGGGGAACGGGAUGAACAUGGCCAUGGGCAUCGAGAAGUACACCAUCCACCACGGCAAUGACGUUGGCCUGAGGGAGCGGGAGAGGGAGCGCGAUAGAGAUCGGGCGGGAGCCAUCAGCGCCUCCGACUUUAACACCCGCAGCGAGCUCUCCUUCGACUCGAUUGAGGGAAGGGGCGGCGGAGCGGCGGGGCAUGGACAUGGUCAUGGACCAGGAGGACCAGGACCCACCCUCAGCGCCAUCACAGCUGGUCUGCAGAAUCUGCAUACGAGGGAAUCUCGAGGAGGCAAUGGCUACGGAGUCGGUGGAGGAGCUGGUCCAGGGCCGUCCUCUGAGUUGGGUGGCGGAGGCGGAAGGGGUCCACCGAAUGUCAGCGACGACCAGAUGCUCGAGUCCUGGCUGGAGGACCUGCAGGCGACGGGAGCGAAGAUAGUGCUGGUCACCUAUCCACGCACCGCCAACAAUGAUAAGGAGCUCAGCGUAAUGCGAGGGGAGUACUUGGAGAUCCUUGACGACACCCGAAAGUGGUGGAAGGCGCGCAACAUGCGUGGCCAGGUGGCCCAUGUGCCCCACACGAUCGUCGCCCCCUUUAAUUUCGGCGAUGGAGAUGGCGCCCAGUUCUACGGGCAACAACAGCCGCCGGCGGGUCCUCCAAUCUCGGCCAACAAAUCGCGAUCAGGGGAAAAUCCCGGCUUGGAGCAGCGAUCACCGGACCCCACCGACAUGAUGCGCAGCAAGCAUCUGGGCAAGAAGGGCGAGUUCCGCUACUUCUAGGAUCCAUAUAGAUCACCAUAUACACAUACACACAUAAUCCGUAGUGAGAAUCUAGCGUUAGAGAGAGACAGACACCAGCAGUCCCGUCUAGGAUGCUAAUCCUGAUCCUGGUCACUAACCAAUCGGAUUAGCUCCGAUACUUUGCACUCGCUCGCAGGAGAGUGCAAACUAGAACUAACCUUAAGACUAACCUAAGUGGAGCUCCACGCGGGAGCGGUGGAGCAGCAUGUGGCUCCUGCUGAUGCGGAUGAGGAUGCGGAUGCUUAAGCUGAUGCUGAUCUAGACGAAGAAGAAGGGGAGGCGACGGCAAUAAUUUGUUUUAAUAAAAUUAUAUCCAAAGGAUCCCUUGA